AUGUCGCAAGGCGAUAGUUGCUGUGUUGUUUGCAGCAGGGUUUUGUAUAGCUGCCACUUGAACCAGUCAAGUAAAAAUAAGAGAAAAUAUGCAUGCUGCUGGUUCUCAGCUGUCACUCUGGUCUCCCUGCUUUCCCUAUGCUGGAUGUACAUUUGUCUGGUUACCUAUAAUGACCGAGAGGAUGUUAACUGGGAAGGCUUUGCAAAACUGAAACGCUGGGUGAACUGGUUCAUGGUAGUGAUCAUUGUGUCUGCAGUGUUAACCAGCUACUGUGUUCUGCUGCUGGUCUUUGCACUGUUUCAAGUUGCUUUGAGGGAACCACUCAACCUACAUUGCCUGCAUAAGAUCUUUUUGUUUUUCAGUGUGCUAUUCAUCUCCUUUGGGGUCGUGGGAAUCAGUUUGAAGUGGCGACAAGAAUGGCCGACUGUUCCUCUCUCUCUGCAGUCCACAGCGCCUUUCUUGCAGUUUGGAGCCGUUGGAGCUUUGACCCUGCUGAGCUCGUUUGUCUUCCAAGGCUUCCACAUGGCCAAGGACAAAUGCUCGAAGUUCCUGAUUGCGACUGUCUUUGUAGUGGUGUCAGCAGCCAUCUUCCUAAGUCCGUUGCUUAUUGACUCACCUUGUCUGAUAGAACGGCAGGAAUUACCUGAAAAACCAAAGCUCAUUGGCCACAGAGGUGCACCAAUGCUGGCUCCAGAGAACACCAUGAUGUCGUUCAAUAGGAGCAUAGCGUGCGGCGUGACAGCCUUUGAGACAGACGUUCAACUCAGUAAAGACAGAAUUCCCUUCUUGAUGCAUGACCAUUCCUCUGGGUUCUUGAGGAGAACGACAAACGUUAAAGACAAGUUCCCUGACAGUGACUUCAACUACAGCUCCAACCUGACCUGGGAGAAAUUACAGAGUCUGAAUGCAGGUGAAUGGUUCCUAAAGACAGAUCCUUUCCGUUCAGUGUCCCAGCUCUCUAAAGAGGAAAGAGAAACAGCGGGGAAUCAGACAAUACCUUCCUUACUUCAGCUCCUCAACCUUGCCAAGCAGACCAAUAUCUCAGUGAUAUUUGAUCUACGUGGUACCAACCCAGAAAAUGACACAGUGGACACAGUCAGUACCAUCUUGGAGUCUGGCAUCGACCCAAGCCUGGUCCUCUGGCUUCCUCCAAAACAAAGACAAUAUGUAAAUAUGACUGCUCCAGGAUUCAUCCAGAUCUAUGACAAUGAAAGUGAUAUGGGUAAUGAAGGAGGGAAGCACCUGAAUGUGAAAUACAGCAAAUUCUCUACACAGAAAAUCAGGGACCUUCGGGAAAAAAACAUCACAGUGAACCUGUGGGUGGUUAAUGAACGUUGGCUGUUCUCUCUGCUGUGGUGUGCAGGCGCCAGCUCCGUUACCACCAACUCCUGCCACCUCCUGCAAAAUAUGACCCAGCCUGACUGGAUUAUGGCACGUCAGAUAUACCAAAUAAUAUGGAUUACAGUGGACAUUUUAUCUGUUCUGAUGAUGUUCGCACUCUACAUAUUUCAGUGGUAA